AUGUUGCAAGUUGUUUCGGGCUCGUUGGAUACCGCGCCUUGCGUGUUUCCAACAGAAAAUCUCCCUGGGCGGGGAAUCCAAUCCAUCCCACUUGACCUGUCCACUUCCAAUACGACUUCUAAAGAGGUGCUGCUCCAGGCGUGGACCGUCGUUCUGCGAUACUAUGUUGGCAGUGAUAUGAUUGCAUUCGGAAGAAUUGAUGACUCCGACACUGCAUCGCGAUUUGCGGUUUGCCAUGGUGACAUUCCUGCCGCUGCUACGCUUGAAGCACUACAAGUUUCAACACCUUCGGGAGAGUCAAAUAGCUUGUCUAUUCCGGAGUGGAUCGCAUCAAACACAUUCAACACCAUUGUGUGGAAUCGCACGACUGCAUCGCUUGACGAAUUGGAGAACACAUCGUGCUCUAUCGCGCUAUUAGUUUCCGACACUCCCUCUAUAGCAUAUGCUUCUCAUGCUAUUGGCGAAAAUAUGGCCAGCGCUGUGGCCGAAGGAGUGGCCCAUGUGGCCAACAUAAUCACAAACGAACCCCAAACCACAAUCGGCGCAGUAGAUCUUUUUGGAGCUGCGUCAUGGUCCCAACUACAAAAAUGGAACUCAACCGUCCCCAGUAUGAUCGAGGUAUGCAUGCAUGAUCUCAUUGAUGAACAAGCGAAGCUACGCCCUGACUCCAUUGCGCUGGAAUGCUGGGAUGGUGCCGUAUCAUACGCGCAAUUGGUAGACUAUACCGCUCGACUAGGAAGCUUUCUGAUCACCCAGAAAGUCGGCCCCGAAGUCUUUGUGCCGGUCUGUUUUGACAAGUCCCUCUGGGCCGUAGUCUCCAUGCUGGGUGUCAUGAAAGCCGGUGGCGCCUUUGUCUGUAUCGAUCCUGCACAACCUGUAGACCGGCUACAAACCAUUAUAAGUGAAGUGGAUGCGCAGAUUGCGCUGGGUGCCCCAGCCUAUCGUGACACAUUAGCUGGCUUGACCCCUAAUGCCAUCGCAAUUGACGCCGACUUUAUCCUCAGCCUUCCUCCUCCUUCCGAUCUUCCUCGUGUCUCUCCCAAAGAGGCUGCAUUCGCCAUCUUUACCUCCGGCAGUACGGGAAAACCCAAAGGUAUUGUGCACGAGCACCGUGCCAUGUGCUCUAGCGCAAAGAGACACGCUGCGUCUUUGAAUAUUAAUAGCGCCACUCGCACCUUCCAGUUCGCUGCAUAUACAUUCAUCGUCAACACCUUCGAGCUUUUCACACCUUUGGUGGAAGGCGGAUGCGUCUGCAUUCCCUCCAAGGAAGACCGACUGGGGCGCACCACCGGAGCAAUGCGUGAUUUAAAAGCAAACUGGGUUUGCUUGACACCGUCAUUCCUACGAUCCAUCAAACCGGAAGAACUCCCACAACUCCAAACACUCCUCUUGGCCGGAGAGCCCGUCCAACAAGACAACCUGGAUACAUGGCGCCAUCGAGUGAAGAUGCUGAAUAUGUAUGGCGCCUCGGAGGCCUCGAUCUGCGUCGCUGGAGACUUGUCGGGUCCCGUCGGCCGCUCAACCAUUGGAACUGGCGCUGGGUGCACAACUUGGAUCGUUGAUACGAACGACCACAACCGACUUGCACCAAUUGGAGCAAUUGGUGAGUUGGUAAUCGAGGGCCCGAUCCUGGCUCGCGAGUACAUAAAUCAGUCAGAAAAGACAGCCGAAGUUUUCAUAUCAAACACACCUUGGAUGGAAGAGAUGCGCGGCGCUUUGCCCUCGCGUGCUUACAAAACCGGCGAUCUGGUCCGAUACGGAUCCGACGGUCUUAUCAACUUGGUGGGGCGAAAAGACAUGCAGAUCAAGCUCCGAGGCCAGCGGAUCGAACUUGAAGAAGUCGAGUUCCAUCUGCGCCAAGCCGUCCCUCGAGGCACGGAGGUUGCCGUUGGUCUAGUGAAACCCAUGGAUCAGCCCGAUCGACCCAUGCUUGUCGCAUUCGUCUCCUUGAAAAAGGCCUUCGGCGAUAACUUCCACACUGUGGACCAAAAUGCCGCCGAAGAGCUUGAAUCCCGCAUGGUGGACUGGAAGAUUAGAUUGGCCGACUCCGUUCCAGGGUAUAUGGUGCCUUCCACUGUCGUCAAGCUCAACCAUAUGCCCUUGACUGCAUCAGGGAAGACCAACCGGAAGGCCAUCAGUGAAUUUGCGUGCACGCUCACAGUCACCGCGCUGACAGGGGCCAAGAAGAAGGAGCACAAGGAGCCUGCCACAGGCACCGGCAAGGUUUUGCGAAGCAUGUGGUCCGAGGUUCUGAAUAUGGAGGAAGAGAGUAUCUCCAGCGAUGAUAGCUUCCUUCAAUUGGGAGGAAACUCCAUCGAUGCCAUGCGGCUGGUCAAUCUGGCCCGCAAUGCUAAAGUUGGACUCAGUGUCGCUGACAUCUUCGCCCAUCCUGUGCUGGAUGAGAUGGCCGCAUGCUCUUCUGAAUUGGAUGUGCAAAUCUUUGAAGACGUUCCGUUCAGCCUUGUUGGCAACGACAUAGAUAAUCUAAUCCAGGAGGCCGCCAGUCAGUGCCAAGUUGGCCCGCUGGCGAUCGAAGACCUGUACCCCUGUACUGCGAUGCAAGAGGGCCUGAUGGCUCUCUCGGAUAGUCGGGAUGGCGCAUAUGUGGCCCAGCAUACGCUCUCUUUGGGCCCGGCUAUUGACAUACACCGAUUCAAACAGGCCUGUCAGAAGGUAGUAGAUGCCCACCCUGUCCUUCGGACUCGCAUCGUCUACCCGGGACAGGCCAGUGCGCUCCAAGCUGUUGUGCACGGAGAUAUUGAAUGGCACACAGCGGACACCAUGGAUGCUUACGUCAAAGCGGACAAGCAAAAGCCAAUGAAAGCAGGCGAGCCUCUCACUCGCUACGGCCUUGUUCCAAAUGGGAAGAGCUGGAUGUUCGUCUGGACUGUUCACCAUGCAGUUUACGAUGCUUGGACGUUGGAUUUGACCUUCGAUCGUCUCGACAAGGCAUACAAAGACCAGCCCAUCGAACGGGACACCUCAUUCAAGGAAUUCAUUAGCUAUGUCACCGAAGUUGAUCCCAACGCUUCCCAGCAAUUCUGGCAGGAAUACCUCGCGGGCGCCACUCGAAAUGAAUUCCCCUCGGUCGUGUCGACAUCAAAGCAACCUGUCGCGGACGCUUCAGCGGAGUACGACAUGAAAUUGACCCGAACAGAUGAACUGGCCGGCAUCACUCUUGCGUCGAUGAUUCGCGCUGCCUGGGGAAUUCUCAUCGGUUCUCAUUCUGAAUCGGAUGAUGUCGUAUUUGGCACUAUUGUCUCCGGUCGCAACACUCCAAUUGCCAAUGCAGAUCAGCUCUUCGGUCCCGGUAUCGCCGCCGUUCCGGUACGCGUCAAGUUUCCCGAUAAUGAUACAUUGACGAUCCGCGACUUCAUCGGCGAGGUGCAGGCCCAGUCAAUGAAGAUGAUCUCAUUCGAGCAAGCUGGUCUACAGCAUAUCAGACGCGUGAGCUCUGAUGCUGCUGCUGCUUGCGAUUUCCAAACCCUCUUGGUGAUCCAGCCUUCUAAGGAGAAGCACGUUUCCACCUCGGAGAUUGACCUACGCGGCAUGUCCGGGCCUGAUGCAAACUUUGGUACAUAUGCUCUCACUCUUGAGUGUAGCCUCAAGCCCGAUGGAGUCAGCUGCGCCGCCCACUACGACUCCAGUCUGGUUUCUCCGGAGUCAGUUGAGCGUAUUCUUGGCCAAUUGGAAAAUCUUCUCUAUCAGAUGUGCUCUUCGCCUGCGGAGAAGAAGCUGAACGAGCUUGUCUUUAUCAGUGCUCAGGAUCAAGAAAGCAUCCGCCAAUGGAAUCAAAAUAUACCGAAGCCUAUCCACAAGACAAUCCACGAGAUGAUUGGGGAAACCAUUUCCAAGCGCCCUGACUACGAGGCGGUAUGCUCCUGGGAUGGUUCUUUCACAUAUGCCGAAUUAGAUCAACACUCCUCCCGCCUCGCCCGACGCCUUGCUCAAUUGAAUAUCCAACCCGAGAGUUUCGUGCCGUGUUGCUUCGAGAAGAGCAAAUGGGCCAUUCCGGCUAUGCUCGGUGUACUGCGUGCUGGAGGUGCAUUCCUCAACCUUGAUCCUUCCCAGCCUGGCAAUCGGAUUCAGUUAAUGAUCAAGAAGCUCAACGCGCAGACCAUUGUCUGCUCUCCACAACAGUACGAUCUCUGUCGUAGCAUGGGCGAGGGAUACAAUAUCGUCGUUCUAGACGUCGAGUCCCCCGAAGAGUCUCUUCCUAAGCCGCCACCUGUUGAUGUGAAGCCAGAGAACGCUGCAUAUGUCAUAUUUACAUCCGGUAGCACUGGCGAGCCCAAAGGGACCAUCAUUCAGCACGGCCACUAUGCCAUUGGUUCGGUGACCCAUGCACCGGCAAUGUUGAUCGAUGGCAACACUCGAGCUCUGCAGUUUGCCUCUUUUACCUUCGACGCCAGUCUGGUCGAGACAAUUACCAUCCUUAUAGCUGGAGGUUGUAUCUGUGUCGCUUCUGAGGAACAGCGAAAGAGGGAUGUUGCCGAAGCUGUUCGCGCGACACGGGCCAACUGGGCGGCGCUCACGCCAUCUUUUGUGAACCUGCUCAGUCCCGACGAUGUGCCAUCAAUCAAGGUACUAAUUCUGGCUGGAGAGGCCAUGUCUCAAUCCCACAUUGACACAUGGGGACAUCGCGUGCGACUUGUUAACGGAUACGGUCCCUCGGAAUGCUGUGUCGCGUCGACCUCUAACGUCGACGUGGUACCGGGUACCAACCCACGCAACAUCGGAUACACCUGCUCAGGUUUGGCGUGGGUUGUUAUGCCCACCAAUCACCACCGGUUGAUGCCUGUGGGUAGUGUUGGUGAGUUGGUUCUGGAGGGCUGGAAUGUUGGACGCGGAUAUCUGGAAGAGCCGAUCAAGACACAAGCGGCCUUCGUCAAAAACCCCUUGUGGAUGGACUUGGGCGAUGAGAUGAGAUCCCCUGUUGUCUACAAGACAGGAGAUUUGGUUCGUUAUAAUGCAGAUGGAUCGCUCGAGUUCCAACGUCGCAAGGAUACACAAGUGAAGUUGCGAGGUCAACGUGUGGAGCUUGGGGAGAUUGAGUAUCGCAUCAAGCAGAGUCUCGCGAACAAGCCUGAUGCUGUGGUGGACAUCGUCUGUCCCAAGGACGCCCCCGAUCAACCCCGGCUGGUGGCAUUCAUCCCUGUUCCUGCAUCAGAGGCACGCCGAAAGCCAACCUCGAUAUUUAUGUUCAACCAGCCCGAAUCCAUCAUCCCCCAGCCAAAUGAGCGACACCUCGCUUCCGUUUCUGGCCUCGAGGACCGACUUUCGGACUUCCUUCCCAUGCACAUGAUCCCCAAUGCCUAUAUUCCAGUGUACCAUAUCCCAAAGAUGCCCUCUGGUAAGGCAGACCGCAAGACUUUGAUUCGUAUUGGCAGUGGAUUAACGCAUCGCCAAAUGGCUGAAUACUCUGGAGCCACGGAGGACGCCCGUCCACCAACCACUGAGAUGCAGUUCACUCUUCAGGAACUGUGGGGAGAGGUACUGAAAAUGCCUGCUGCGCAGAUCAGUCUCAAUGACAACUUCCUCCGACUAGGUGGUGAUUCAAUCACCGCCAUGCGAUUGGCCUCUGCGGCACGCAUCAAAGGUAUCCCGCUGUCCACAGCAACCAUCUUCCAACAUCCCACUUUAGAGGCCAUCAGCGCAGUCUCCGAGACUCUGUCACAACAGCACCGGCCACAAAACUUCGAGCCCUUCUCCACCCUAAAGUCAAUCCCUAAAGAUCAACUUUUGGACGAUAUCAUUCUUCCUCAGCUUGGUAUACCUGCCUUCCAAAUCCAGGAUGCUCUAGAAUGCACCGACUUCCAGUCUCUCGCUAUCAACGGCGGUCUCAACCAGACCCGUGGCUGGAGCAACUACCUCAUCUUUGAUUUCGAUGGACCGAUUGAUCUUCGCCGACUUCAGGCUGCCUGCGAGAAGCUUGUUGCCCACCACGAUGUUCUCCGCACGGUCUUCGUAUCCACUGGCUCCCAGCUCAUCCAAGUCGUGCUCCGCUCCGUUGUUCCCGAGUACAGCAUGCACAUCCGGGAUGAGGAAGAUCCUACUGAGUCUCUCAUCCGUGAAGACCUUGCCCGGCCACCCCACCUGGGCGAGCCCAUCGUGCGUUUCAUGAUCGUCAAGGACGAUGCUACCCAUCACCGCCUGAUCAUGCGUAUUUCUCACGCACAGUAUGAUGGCGGAUCCAUGCCGCACCUGAUGAAUGACUUGCGGACAGCUUAUCGUUGCGAGGACCUGCCUAAGCGGGCCCAAUUUGCCGACUUUGUGCGUAUGCAGAUGCACACCAGCGAUGGUGCCAAAUCCUUCUACACAGACAUGCUGGCAGGCUCCACAAUGACCUCAGUGGUAUCUCACAGCAAGACAUCAGUCACCAAUGUGCUCAACACUAUGCAUGCAGAUAUGAUGCCCUUGGUGGCAUUCAAGAACCACGGUAUCACAGCUGCCACGGUUGUCAAGGCAGCCUGGGCCCUGGUACUGGCGGAGAUGGCAGCUACGGCAGACGUGGUGUAUGGGCAUAUGGUGUCCGGUCGUAACUUGCCCCUUGACGGCGUUGAGUCGAUCAUGGGACCGUGCCUGAACAUCGUGCCAGUGCGCGCCAAUAUGACAAAUAUGCAUAAUGUUCUCGACCUUUUGCGCACCAUUCAGCAGCAACAAACGGACACGAUUCCACACGAAAGCAUGGGCUUCCAGCAGAUCAUCAACCAAUGCACCGAGUGGACACCGGCGACACGGUUCAGCUCAGUUUUCCAAUAUCAAGAUUUCGGUACCGAUGAAGCUGCUCCAGGCCAACCUGUGUCCUUUGAGAGCGUUCUCAAGUGUGCGCCGGGCUUCGUCUGCCCCGCUCCUGACGCCUGCGAUAUGUCCAUUCUGGCCACCCCCGUUGGUGAGCAGAUUCGUGUGGAGAUGAUCUUCUCGAGUCACGCGAUGUCCACCGAGUUCGCCCAGAGAAUGCUGAAGAACCUGGCUGCAAAGCUGGAUUUGAUCUCCCGCGAUGUCGAGGCCCCGUUGGCAACACUUGAAAUCUGUCUGCAGCAGGCGCAAAUACCGCUUCCAGAGCCUGGCAGCGAGACCAGCGGGCUCAGCGGUAUUGUUAACGCCGUGGUGAAUGGGCUCAGCUCACAAGCCAACGGUACAAAUGAUAUCAACGGAGUGGAUGGUAACAGUGGUACUGCUCCAAUCGACAAAAAGCUUGACCUGUUGGCUUCAGUGCGAAUUAACUGA